GUUUCAUUAAUGCAAAUUGUUUGAUGUAGUUAGUACUCAGGUUAUUCGACGCUCAAGAAUUCUUAUUUAGGCAGUUCAUAUCAUCCCAUACAUAGUGUUUUGAUCUAAGAUUGCAAUUCUUCCAUGUUUCCGCAGUAGCAUAUUGUUCCAUGGAGCUAGGGUCCAAAAUAGGAAUCAACAAGUGUUUCCACGACUCUACCGCCCGGCCAAUCCUGUUCCACUGAAUCCCCUCCCUUUUUCAUGGCCACAUAUCUUUACGGCUAAGGAGUGGGAAAUCUUUCUCCUGUUACACAAAUGAAAUGUUUCAUUUCAUCCGGGAAAAGCCACCUCUUUCUCCACAAACAAUGUCUUUGUCAUUUGAUCCAGGAGCCUUCCGUUAGAUAGGAACAGCUUUGCUAAAUACUGAGAACUCUCGGAUAGAGUAUUAGAAUGAAAAGACCAUUAAUUAUAUAAGGAAGAGCCCAGGGUUCUAGCCCAUUCCCAUUCCUAAAUCAAUAAUUCGUAGUGCUUUUGCCUUUCUUGCGUACUCCUGGUGAACCAGUUGCUAGCCAUAUGUUUAGGAGGCUUUUUUCUCCAGGUACUGGUACUAAGCCGCUUUGCCAUCUCUUCAUCUUCAUCUGCAAAGAAUUCUCGACGUGAAAACACAGAGACAAAGGCCUGAUCUUUGAAUAGGAAAAAGAAUGGAUCCGAAGGUCCCAAAUCAAUUGGCUUAUUCGAAAAAAGCCUUCUUCUUUGAAAGAUAUAUCUCGUGUCUGGUACUGCAUUGUUCCACUCUGCAAGAAGUCCGAAUCAGUCUCUUGCACCUCCCCCUUUUUAUGAUAAAUAUACCAGAAAUAAUUCGAAUAAAUAGCAGUCUCUGACAACUCAUCCUCUUUAAUCUGCUUGGACCCGCUCCAAUACCCAUAGGAAAAUCCCCAGUCAUAUUCAGCGUACCUGUCCCUGCAAUCAAAUAGAUUGUCCCAAGGGCCCCAUAUUCUAGGAGCCCAAGUUAUGCUAUUGAAAAUUCGUUCCUCUAGCAGUUCCGGUUUGACCAUUCCGUUCCCUUUUUCAAACUCCACUUCUUUUCAUAUAGCAUCCCUAAUCAAAGAGAGAACAAUAUCCAUUUCAAAACAUUUCUAACGGAUUCCUUGGUUCGGACCGACGAAGUAAUGGCACUCGAUUAUUAUCAACCCGACUGCAAUCUUUUUCUGUCGGUAAGGAUUGCACCAGAGCACCUUCUACUUCUAAUAGGCCAUGAACUAUAGAUAGAGAAGAAUCAUUCUGAGCGAGUCCAUAAGAAGCGACCCACUUUUUCAUCGGUUCCGGGGGAAGACCAAAGAUCUUGCGCGACCGGUCCGCCAGAAAAACUCAAAAGAGAAAGAAGUCUCGUUAAUCUCUUCAUGCUCGUUCCAAGUUCGAAGUACCGUUUGGCCAAAGAAAAAGCCGCUUCCUGACACGAUUGCCUCUUUAUAUAGAUAGAUAUAGGAUCUAUGGGGUUAUUACUUAGAAGUCUAUUUUGUACAAGAUCCCCUCCUAUCUGAUAGAAAAGGGUCCCAUGAUCCCGAGCCGGUCUUAUCUUGGCUCGCAAACCCCAAGUUUGUCUAUGAAGAGCUAAUCUAAUUGUAUUAGUUUCUAUAAUGGAUUUCUUAUGUGGAAUACUAAUGGAUAGGGCCUCGUUGCUAAGUGCUACAAGAUCUAGUGCACUGGAACUCGUGGUUAUGGACCCGAAUCCUUUAGUAUGGAACAUUGUCUUUUCCAAGUAAAAACCCCUAGUAUAUGAAAGAAUGAAAAGGUGCUUUCGUUCUUGUGGAAUAAGAAGCCCUCGUACCUUAAUGAAAGGAAAAUAGGAAUUUUUCGUUAGGUAUUUGACCAAAUAGGAUUGUCCAGUUCCUAUAGAACCUAUCACUAAAAUACCCGAUAGGGCUAAGCGGAACGAAAAGGGUUUUCCAUGAGAUGGUAAAUGAAAACGAUUAGCCCCACACGAGGUUUGGGAAUAAGUGAUUGUCUGAUAAUGAGCAAGGAAUAUACGUCUUUCUGCUAAAGAGAAUCUAUUAAACUCAUAAUUCAUUAGAUCCUUGUUAGCAAUGUCAACUAGGUAUCAUAAGUAAAUGGAUCUCGGUUGUUCAAUCCUUUGAUAACCAAGGUCAUUCUUUGCUAAAGAGAAAUGAUCACUAUGGGUCAGACUCAAUAGAAUUGGAUCCAUUCCAAAUAGCGAGAAUUAGGAUUCUUGAUCCCUCUCAGUCUCUCUUUCAAUUCGAGGAUCCGGAGAGGUGUUUUCAUAGUCAUCUCCGAAUAUUUGCCAUCUCCGAAUAUUUUCGAUUUCAUUUUUCUAUGAUAUGUCUUUCUAUAUGAAAAUUGGUUAUUUACGAUGUACGAUGAUCCCUGUUAAGCAUCCAUGGCUGAAUGGUUAAAGCGCCCAACUCAUAAUUGGUAAAUUUGCGGGUUCAAUUCCUGCUGGAUGCACGCGAACGGGAACGGUCUAUUGGAAUUGGCUCUCUAUCCAUGGAAUCUCAUCCAUCAUCCAUACAUAACGAAUUGGUAUGGUAUAUUCAUACCAUAACAUAAGAACAAUAAGAACUCGAAUUCUUAUCGAUACUGGAACUCAGAGCAUAGGGGGGAAAGUCGAUUUAUGGAUGGAAUCAAAUACGCAGUAUUUACAGAAAAGAGUCUUCGUUUAUUGGGAAAGAAUCAAUAUACUUUUAAUGUCGAAUCGGGAUUCACUAAGACAGAAAUAAAGCAUUGGGUCGAACUCUUCUUUGGUGUUAAGGUAGUAGCUGUGAAUAGCCAUCGACUACCCGGAAAGGGUAGAAGAAUGGGACCUAUUCUGGGACAUACAAUGCAUUACAGACGUAUGAUCAUUACCCUUCAACCGGGUUAUUCUAUUCCACUUCUAGAUAGAGAAACGAACUAAAGGAGAAUACUUAAUAAUACGGCGAAACAUUUAUACAAAACACCUAUCCCGAGCACACGCAAGGGAACCGUAGACAGGCAAGUGAAAUCCAAUCCACGAAAUAAAUUGAUCCAUGGACGGCACCGUUGUGGUAAAGGUCGUAAUGCCAGAGGAAUCAUUACCGCAAGGCAUAGAGGGGGAGGUCAUAAGCGCCUAUACCGUAAAAUCGAUUUUCGACGGAAUCAAAAAGACAUAUCUGGUAGAAUCAUAACCAUAGAAUACGACCCUAAUCGAAAUGCAUACAUUUGUCUCAUACACUAUGGGGAUGGUGAGAAGAGAUAUAUUUUACAUCCCAGAGGGGCUAUAAUUGGAGAUACUAUUGUUUCUGGUACAAAAGUUCCUAUAUCAAUGGGAAAUGCCCUACCUUUGAGUGCGGUUUGAACUAUUGAUUUACGUAAUUGGAAGUAACCAAUUAGGUUUACGACGAAACCUAGAAAUCGAUCACUGAUCCAAUUUGACUACCUCUACGGGAUAGACCUCAACAGAAAACUGUUGAGUAACGGCAGCAAGUGAUUGAGUUCAGUAGUUCCUCAUAGAAAAUUAUUGACUCUAGAGAUAUGGUAAUAUGGAGAAGACAAAAUUGUUUGAAGCACGCACAGAACCGGAAGCGCCCCUUGUUUCAAAGAGAGGAGGACGGGUUAUUCACAUUUAAUUUGAUGGUCAGAGGCGAAUUGAAAGUUAAGCAGUGGUAAUUAAGACCCCCGGGUGAAAAUAGGGAUGUCUCCUACGUUACCCAUAAUAUGUGGAAGUAUCGACGUAAUUUCAUAGAGUCAUUCGAUCUGAAUGCUACAUGAAGAACAUAAGCCAGAUGACGGAACGCGGAGACCUAGGAUGUAGAAGAUCAUAACAUGAGCGAUUCGGCGGAUUUGGAUUCCUUUUCUAUAUAUCCACUCAUGUGGUACUUCAUCAUACGAUUCAUAUAAGAUCCAUCUGUCUAGAGAUCGUCAUAUACAUCUAGAAAGCCGUAUGCUUUGGAAGAAGCUUGUACAGUUUGGGAAGGGGUUUUUUGAGAAAAAAGAAGAAUCUACUUCAACCGAUAUGCCCUUAGGCACGGCCAUACAUAACAUAGAAAUCACACGUGGAAGGGGUGGGCAAUUAGCUAGAGCAGCAGGUGCUGUAGCGAAACUGAUUGCAAAAGAGGGUAAAUUGGCCACUUUAAGAUUACCAUCUGGGGAGGUCCGUUUGGUAUCCCAAAACUGCUUAGCAACAGUCGGACAAGUGGGUAAUGUUGGGGUGAACCAAAAAAGUUUGGGUAGAGCCGGAUCUAAGUGUUGGCUAGGUAAACGCCCCGUAGUAAGAGGGGUAGUUAUGAACCCUGUGGACCACCCCCAUGGGGGUGGUGAAGGGAAAGCCCCCAUUGGUAGAAAAAAACCCACAACCCCUUGGGGUUAUCCUGCGCUUGGAAGAAGAACUAGGAAAAGGAAAAAAUAUAGUGAUAGUUUUAUUCUUCGUCGCCGUAAGUAAAUACGUAACUAGGAAUAUGGAAAAUUGCAUUUUUGGAAUUUGCAAUAAUGCGAUGGGCGAACGACGGGAAUUGAACCCGCGCAUGGUGGAUUCACAAUCCACUGCCUUGAUCCACUUGGCUACAUCCGCCCCUUAUCCAGCUAAAGGAUUUUCUCUUUUUUCCAUUCAUUAUUAUUCUAUUUAUUCUGACCUCCAUACCUCGAUCGAGAUAGUGGACAUAGGAUGCCACUCUUUAAAAUGAAAAAAAGGAGUAAUCAGCUGUGACACGAAAAAAAACGAAUCCUUUUGUAGCUCGUCAUUUAUUGGCAAAAAUCGAAAAGGUCAAUAUGAAGGAGGAGAAAGAAAUAAUAGUAACGUGGUCCCGGGCAUCUAGCAUUCUACCCGCAAUGGUUGGCCAUACAAUCGCGAUUCAUAAUGGAAAAGAACAUAUACCUAUUUACAUAACAAAUCCUAUGGUAGGUCGCAAAUUGGGGGAAUUCGUGCCUACUCGGCAUUUCACGAGUUAUGAAAGUACAAGAAAGGAUACUAAAUCUCGUCGUUAAUUGAAUUCAGAAUAGAAAGAUUCAGAAUAAACAAAGAAAUACCCAAUAUCCUGUUGGAACAAGAUAUUGGGUAUUUCCGGCUUUCCUUCCUUCAAAAAUUCCUAUAUGUUUAGGAGAAAAACCUUAUCCAUUAAGGUAAGGAACUUCAAGAGCAGCUAGGUCUAGAGGGAAGUUGUGAGCAUUACGUUCGUGCAUUACCUCCAUACCAAGAUUAGCACGGUUGAUGAUAUCAGCCCAAGUAUUAAUAACGCGACCUUGGCUAUCAACUACAGAUUGGUUGAAAUUGAAACCAUUUAGGUUGAAUGCCAUAGUACUAAUACCUAAAGCAGUGAACCAGAUCCCUACUACAGGCCAAGCAGCCAAGAAGAAGUGUAAAGAACGAGAAUUGUUGAAACUAGCAUAUUGGAAGAUUAAUCGACCAAAAUAACCGUGAGCAGCCACAAUAUUAUAAGUCUCUUCUUCCUGACCAAAUUUGUAACCCUCAUUAGCAGACUCAUUUUCAGUGGUUUCCCUGAUCAAACUAGAGGUUACCAAGGAACCAUGCAUAGCACUGAAUAGGGAACCGCCGAAUACACCAGCUACACCUAACAUGUGAAAUGGAUGCAUAAGGAUGUUGUGCUCUGCCUGGAAUACAAUCAUAAAGUUGAAAGUACCAGAUAUUCCUAAAGGCAUACCAUCAGAGAAACUUCCUUGACCAAUAGGGUAAAUCAAGAAAACAGCAGUAGCAGCUGCAACAGGAGCUGAAUAUGCAACAGCAAUCCAAGGGCGCAUACCCAGACGGAAACUAAGUUCCCACUCACGACCCAUAUAACAAGCUACACCAAGUAAGAAGUGUAGAACAAUUAGCUCAUAAGGACCGCCAUUGUAUAACCAUUCAUCAACAGAUGCAGCUUCCCAAAUUGGGUAAAAAUGCAAUCCGAUCGCCGCAGAAGUAGGAAUAAUAGCACCAGAGAUAAUAUUGUUUCCAUAAAGUAAAGAACCAGAAACAGGCUCACGAAUACCAUCAAUAUCUACUGGAGGAGCAGCGAUGAAGGCGAUAAUAAAUACGGAAGUUGCGGUCAAUAAGGUAGGGAUCAUCAAAACACCGAACCAUCCAAUGUAAAGACGGUUUUCGGUGCUAGUUAUCCAGUUGCAGAAGCGACCCCACAGGCUUGUACUUUCGCGUCUCUCUAAAAUUGCAGUCAUGGUAAGAUCUUGGUUUAUUCAAAUUGCAAGGACUCCCAAGCACACGUAUUAACUAGAAAGAAAAUAGAUAAUAGAAGGCUUGUUAUUUAACAGUAUAACAUAGUCUAUAUACCAAUGUCAACCAAGCCAGCCCCAACGAUUGGAUUUUCGUAUAACUUCAUUUACCAAAUCCAAAAAUUUGGGAAAUUAAGUUAGUAAAAAUGAAAAACUCAGAUUGCUCUUUUCUAUUUUCCAUAUGGGUUGCCCGGGACUCGAACCCGGAACUAGUCGGAUGGAGUAGAUAAUUCUUCCUUGUUACAAUAGAAAAAACCCCUCCCCAAAUCGUGCUUGCAUUUUUCAUUGCACACGACUUUCCCUAUGUGGAAAUAGCCAAUUUCUAUUCCGAAGAGGAAGUCCACUAAUUUUGAGAAUUUUUAAUUAGUUAAAGUGAUUCACCUACUAUGGAACAUUUCAGAAUGGAAAAUGUGCAAGUUUUAUCUUGAUAUCGAUCUUUUCUAGUUUAUUAAUUUUGUCUAAUGAUUAAUUAAGAGUAAGAGGAUUCACCAGGUCAUUGAUACGGAUAAUAUCCAAAUACCAAAUACGCUCACUGUGUGAUCCAUGGAAAGAAAAGUGAAUUGUUUUGGUGAACAUCAAAGAAAAAACUUGCUCUUCUUCCGUAAAAAAUUCUUCUAAAAAUACCGAACCCAAUCGUUGCAUAAAAGUUCGUACCGUACUUUUAUGUUUACGAGCUAAAGUUCUAGCACAUGAAAGUCGAAGUAUAUAUUUUAGUCGAUACAAAGUCUGUUUUUUCGAAGAUCCACUAUGAUAAUGAAAAAUAUUUCUACAUAUCCGACCAAAACGAUCAAGAAUAUCCCAAUCUGAUAAAUCAGUCCAAACGGGUUUACUAAUAGGAUGCCCCGAUCCAGUACAAAAUUGAGCUUUUGAUAAGGAUCCGACAAGGGGAGUUGCAAGGACUGUGGUAUCGAAUUUUUUCAUUCGAGUAUCUAUUAGAAAAGAAUUCUCCAGCAUUUGAUUCCUUACUAACAAAGUAUUUAUUGGUACACUUGAAAGGUACCCCAGAAAAUCGAAGCAAGAGUUUGUUAAUUGGUUUAGACGAAUCCUUUGUGGUUGAGUCCAAAAAGAGAAAAAAUAUUGCGAGAAAUUGACAAGGUAAGAUUUCCAUUUCUUCUUCAAAAGAAGAGUGCCUUUUGAUGCAAGAAUUGCCUUUCCUUGAUAUCGAACAUAAUGCAUAAGAGGAUCCAUAAAGAACCAUAUGGUUUUCCGAAAAAACCCCGGGUACAUUACACCAAAAUGUUCCAUCUUCCCAGAAAAGAUGAUUCGUUCCAGAAAGGUUCCAGAAGAUGUUAAUCGUAAGCAAGAAGAUUGUUUAUGAAGAAACAACAAGAAAAAUUCAUAUUCUGAUACAUAAGAGUUAUAUAGGAAUCGAAAUAGUCUUUUAUUUUCUUUUUUCAAAAGAAAAAUGGAUUUCAUUGAAGUAAUAAAACUAUUCCAAUUCGAAUAAUAGUGGAGAAAGAAUCGCAAUAAAUGCAAAGAGGGAACAUCUUGAAUCCGGUAUUCAAGGAGUUGAACCAGGAUUUCUAAAUGGAUAGGAUAGGGUAUUUUUAUAUGUGAUAGAUAAUGUAAAUGCAAAAAUUUGUCUUCUAAAAAGGGAAAUAUUGAAUGAAUAGAUUGUAAAUUUUGAAAAUUUGGUAUUUCUUUUUCUUCCGGACAAGAUAGUUGCCCUAGCGAGAGUGGGAUUUCUACAACGAUCGCAAACCCCUCAGAUAGAAUCUGAGAAUAAAACUCAGAAUAAAAAUAAUUACGGUGAUCCAACAAUCGAUCUUGGUUAGGAUAAUUAACCGAAUUAAUUAAAAAAUUCUGCUGAUACAUUCGAAUAAUUAAACGUUUCACAAGUAGUGAACUAAAUUUCUUGUUAUUACAACCAAAAAUUUCCACGGGUUCGGAACCAUUUAAUCCAUAAUCAUGAGCAAAUGCAUAAAUAUAUUCCUGAAAGAGAAGUGGGUAGACGAAGUAGUGUUGACGAGAUUUCUGUUUUUCUGAAUACCCUUCGAAUUUUUCCAUUUGUAUUUCUACUUGAAAUAGAGAAAAAAAGCAUUUCUCGGUUUAUCAAAUGAUGAUACAUAGUGCAAUAUGGUCAGAACAAGGUGUUGCAUAAUACAAACCCAGGAAAGAAAGGGAGUCUAAUCCAUAGAACUUUUUCCACUCCUUUUCUAUCUAAUUAGUUUAUGUUUGUUCUAAUUAUAAAACAAACAAGAACAAAUCUUUUAUUUUUGCAGGCCAAUCGCUCUUUUGACUUUGGAAUACAGUCUCUUUAUCAAUAUACUGUUUCUUUUACACAUUCAAUUCAUAACAUCUCUUUUCAAUCCAUAAUCAAGAAUAAUUAGGAUUUCUAAAAAAAAAAAGUAAAGGGUCCAUUCAUAGGAAAACCUAACCUUUCCCCACAUUAGGCACUAAUCUAUUUUUAACGUCUAAUUAGAUCGGGGAAUCCUUCCAAUUAACCAAUUAAGAAGUUAAGCUCGUUGCUUUUUUUUUAUUUUACCAGAAUUAGAGCCAGGCUCUAUCCAUUUAUUCACUAGACCCAGAAAAUCAGAAUUUUUUUUAUUAAAAAAAAAAAAAGAAAUUGAUUUUAUUACGACAUGCUAUUUUUUCCAUUCAUUACCUUUGAGGAUCAGUCGUGGUCUUCUAGACUCUACCAAGAGUCUGGACGAAUUUGUUGCUUCAUCCAAAUGUGUAAAAGAUCAUAGCCGCACUUAAAAGCCGAGUACUCUACCAUUGAGUUAGCAACCCGGAUAAAAUAGGAUCUCUUAGAUACGAUCAAAAUCUAAAAAUCGAUGAAAUUAUACCACAUUGAAUUAGCAAGACAUCAAAAGAAAGAUUUUCUAAUCCAUUAAAAACACUCAAAUACAAAAAUGAACAGAUCCGGUUAAAUUUCACUAAGGCUAAGGGUAAAAAAAAAAAGCAGCCCCAAUCACAAUGGCAAAAUUGUGAUUUUUUUGGCAAUUUAAAGAAGUAAAAUAAUCUUGUAUGUGUAUGAGAGUACAUGCAAGAGGGGCAACCCUAUCAUUUGAAUGAAGUGUAGACAGAAAUACCUAAUAUGGAGUGACAAUAAAGAGACCCAUCUAUCUACAAAUUCUAUUUGUUCAAUAGACCUUUGUCAAUGCAAAUACAAUGUAAUUAGAUAUAAAAAGGAAAUAAAAUAGGGACUUUUGUUGGAUUGGCACGACAUAAAUGCAGCAAAAAAAAAAUAGGACUAAGAAAGAGGCAAAUUGUGUCUAAAUAAUUAAGGGGUACUAAGGACCCUCUCCUACUUUUUUAUUCAUUUAGUUCUUCAAUUAACUCAAAGUUCUUUCUUUAUCUUUAAAGAAUUCUGCCUUCCUUAAAAUAUCAUAAACUGUUCUUGUAGGUUGAGCACCCUUUUCAAGGAAAUAGAGAAUAGCUGGAACAUUUAAACAAGUUUGAUUCUUUAUCGGAUCAUAAAAACCUACUUUUCGAAGAUCUCUUCCUUCUCUUCGAGAUCGAACAUCAAUUGCAACGAUUCGAUAGAUAGCUUAUUGGGAUAGAUGUAGAUAAACAACCCCCCCCUAGAAACGUAUAGGAGGUUUUCUCCUCAUACGGCUCGAGAAAAUGAUUCGAAUUUCUGUCUAUAAUGCAAUCUGUCUAUAAUGCAAAUAGAUAGAAAUUCGAUUAUGACUUGCAUUAAUUUCCUUAAAGAAAAGAAAAAACAAAUUUCAUUUAUACUCAUGACUCAAGUUGGCUAAUUUUUACUGACAAACUUCAAAAGAAAAACCCUUCGAAAUUUUUUGAGUCGUCUCUAAACUCUUUUCUUUAUCUCAUCUCGAACAAAUUGACUUUUAUUCCUUAUUCAGAUCUAAUUCUAUUGUUGAGACGGUUGAAAAUCGUGUUUACUUGUUCCGGAAUCCUUUAUCUUUGAUUUGUGAAAUCCUUGGGUUUAGACAUUACUUCGGGAACUCCUAUUCUUUUUUCUUUCAAAAGAGUAGCAACAUACCCUUUCUUUUUUCUUAUUUCCUUCGAUAAAGCAUUUCACUCUUCUAUAGAAAUCAAAUAUGAACAAUUGAUUCAGAUAGACUUUUCAUCAAAAAAGUUUUUCCAAUCUUCCAAAAUUAGACUUUUUCUUAUUUUAACCUUUUGAUUUCUAUAUUAAGGAUAGACUGACAAAGUUGGCCUAAUUUAUUAGUUUUCACUAACCCUAGAUUCUUUCCCUUGAUCAAAAAGAAAUUCUGUCCUCUCGAGCUCCAUCGUGUACUAUUUACUUUACUUACAAACAACCCAGCGAAAAUUCGGUUCGGGACGAAUAGAACAGACUAUGUCGAGCCAAGAGCAUUUUCAUUACUAUGGAAAAUGAUGGAUAGGCAAAUCCACAAUCGAUCAUGUCCUUCAAGUCGCACGUUGCUUUCUACCACAUCGUUUUAAACGAAGUUUUACCAUAACAUUCCUCUAAUUUCAUUGCAAAAUGGUAUCGAGAAUUGAUCCAAUAUGGAUGGAAUCAUGAAUAGUCAUUGCUUUUGUAUACUAAUUCAAACCUGCUAUCUAUGGAGAAAAUUGGAUAAAAGAAAUAAGUAUUUAUCGGGGAACACUCUGCAAAGAUACAAUUUAUUUAAACCCAUAUUCUAUCAUAUGAAUGAAACAUAGUUCGAAAAAGAGGAAUAAAAUAGUUUACUUAAGACUUAUUUAUUAUUAUUAUUGAAUUUCCAUUUUCAACAGAGAACUCAAGAUGAUUAAUCCUGAAAUGAGAAGGAUCCACUCUUUCCCAACAAAUAAACUAUCAACCUCAAAAAAAGUGGAAUUAAUUUAAUGAAUUAAUCUAUUUUUCUGUAACAAAAACAAUUAACUAUAUAAACAAAUAAGCUAUGCCAAUGAAAAGAUUGGUCGUUUUUGAGUAGUUCUAAAAUUCUCAUACUUCUUCGACUCGAAUAACAAAAGAAAGAACUCAAAAUAAAAAAUAAGAAAAGUACGAUUUUUUCGAAUCCAUUCUAUCCAACGAACAGUUCUUACCUUAACCUUACCGAAAUGGAUCAUUCUGGAUAUUUAAAGAAUCACAGAUCGAGAUCGUUUUCGCUUAACCAAAGAAAAGAAGGACGCUUCUUUUUUACUAAUAAUACAAGAAAACAAAUAAUACAACAAAAAUCUAUCUCUAUCAUAAAGGGAUAGGUCUCAUUUUCUAUACAGUGUUUUACCUCAUUAAUUUUUUUUUUUUUUACUUACUUUAGUUCUUUAGUUUUGGGAAAAUAAAUAGGGGGUACUUCUUUUCUUUCAUAUUGGGUGUCAAAUGGAUCCUGUAAGAAUUCCCACUUCAUAGAUACGGGGUAUAAAGUUUAUCCAAAAAGUUCCAAUUUCAAAACACAUAUUCAAAACACAUAUGAGUAAUGAGUAGUAGGGGCAUAUCCUGAAUGUGCCUGAUAGACAAAAAUUUUUCAUGAAAAUAAAGAUAUUAAAUUUGACUGGACUUGACACUUUAUUUUUUGUUUUCUGAGAAAGAAAAAAAUGCUUAGAAAUGCAUCUAAUCUACGAGUUCAUAAGAGAUAAUUAUUCUCUUUAAUAAACUUUUGUGUCGUGCAGGGCACAAUACGAUUCUAUCUUUCGCUUCAUCAGAAAAAAUCUGGGACGAAAGGAUUCGAACCUCCGAGUAACGGGACCAAAACCCGCUGCCUUACCACUUGGCCACGCCCCAUGUCAUUUCGUUUUAUGAAACACUAAUAAACACUAUUAUUUUUAUAUAUUAUUCGUCAAUCCCACUUCAAUUACCUAAAAAAUGAGGGAUAUUUUCUUGCUAGGAUUCUAGACAUGCAGAUAAUAUAGAAUCCAAAAAAUGCAUUGAUCAUUACAUGGAAUUCUAUUAAGAUAUUAUAUGAAAGUCGAAUUUCUUCCAUUCUCAUUUGAGAAUGCGAAUACAAGGAGGUAUUUUGUGUUUGGGAAAGUCCGAAGAAAAAAGGAUUUGGAAUCUACCUUUUCUUUUGCUUUUUCCCUUAUAAAAAUAACUCAAUCAAAAUCCAAUUAUCUACUCUACAAGAAUGAAAUGCUUGUUAUGCCUAAUAUACUUAGUUUAACCUGUAUCUGUUUUAAUUCUGUUCUUUGUCCGACUAGCUUUUUCUUCGCCAAAUUACCCGAAGCUUAUGCCAUUUUCAACCCAAUCGUGGAUGUUAUGCCUGUCAUACCUGUACUCUUUUUUCUAUUAGCGUUUGUUUGGCAAGCUGCUGUAAGUUUUCGAUGAAAUCUUUACUAUUCUGCCUGCCAAAUUGAAUGAUGUAUUCAUUCCAAAAAAAAAAA